AUGGACAGAAUCAGUGGGUUGUCAGAUGAUUUACUGAUCAAGGUUUUAUCGUAUCUUCCAACAAAACUCGCUGUAUCCGCCAGCAUCUUGUCGAAACGAUGGAAGUGUCUUUGGAUGUGGUUGCCAAAACUUGAAUUCAUCGGUAAUAGUCGUUCACCGUCUGCUGAAUGCAAAAGGUUACGUUGUUUUCUUCACAGGAACCUGCCGCUAUAUAGAGCUCCGGUUAUCGAAAGCUUCGUUCUCAAGCUCUACGGUGCACGCUUUAAACCUGAAGAUAUCUCACUGUGUGUUUUAUAUGCAUGCUCUCGCUACCUACGUGAGCUGGAGAUUUCUUAUAUGACCGACUACUCAAACGUAUCGCCGAGUAGCUUGUAUCUAUGCAGGUCUCUCGUGAUCUUGAAACUUGAAGGAAACAUUCUCUUUGAUGUUCUUGGUAUGGUUGGUCUUCCCUCUCUGAAAAAAUUGCAGCUUGUACAAGUGAAAUUCUUAGAUAGAGGAUCUUUUGGACGGCUUGUAUCGGUUUGUCCUGUUCUUGAACAUCUGUCGGUGGAAUUCCGCGGUGGUUUCGAUGACAGUAUGGGGAUGAUCACUGUAACCAUCCCGUCUUUGCAAAGUUUAUCACUGCAAAUACCUUCUGUUGGUAUUCUAGAUGGGUUAGUGAUAGAUACUCCUUCUUUGACGUAUUUGAAGCUUGAGGAUUAUAGACAGUUAAAUCACUCAUGUUUGAUUGAGAAUAUGCCUAAGCUUGUGGAGGCAUAUGUAGAUGUUAGCUUCUCUGAUAUCGAGAGUCUUAUCGGAUCAAUCACAUCUGUCAAACGUCUCAAGUUAUCUUCAGAGGCUGUGUAUGGUGGCGGUUAUGUCUUCAAUGAGCUUGAAAAAUUGAAGCUAUGUGUAGGCACAAGAUAUGCAUCGGAUCUCCUUGUCCGGUUGCUCCAAGAUUCUCCUAAGUUACGAGUACUGAGCCUCUUUGAAAUGGAUCAUAAAUUGAGUAAUAUGAUAUGCUGGAAUCAACCGAAAACUGUUCCUAAAUGUGUGAUGUCGAGUCUACAAGUUUUCAACUGGUCCGGGUACAUAGGAAAACCACACGAUAGAGAUAUUGCGGUUUACAUCCUGAAGAAGGCUUGUCUCUUAGAGACUGCAACAAUCUUGUAUGAUGAUUCUUAUACUUCGAAAUAUGAGAUGCUCCGGGGGUUGUCGUUUUCUUCACGAGCUUCAACCACAUGCAAACUCGUAUUUGAUGAAUUUUUAUAUUGA